AUGGCACCAAUUUCUCGUCCAGUGAUCGCGCCGUACAGUGAGCCUCUGCUACCUCAACUCGACAUUAAGAACCCGCACUACACUGAGACUCAUCAUCACCUGCGUCGAUAUGUCCGCGACUACGUAGAGACCAAUAUCAUUCCAUACGCCCAGGAAUGGGAAGAAGCGGGCGAGGUCCCAGAAGAAGUGCGACUUCGUCACUGCCACCUGGGUUUUAGCAUUGUUCAUCCGCUUACUAGCCUUGAAGAUGCUGAUAACAUACCUCUUCCUGGCGGUGUACCUCGCGAAAAGUGGGACACUUGGUGCUCGCUCAUUGUUGCUGAUGAAUUAACGCGAUGUGGAUUUGUUGGUGUUGUUUGGGGUUUAGGGGGAGGCAAUAGCAUUGGAGCACCUUCUAUUGCACGAUUUGGUACACCAGAGCAGAGGAAACGAUGGCUCCCAGGAGUGGCUAGUGGGAAGACACGGUUUUGUCUCGGAAUAACAGAGCCAGACGCCGGGUCGGAUGUCGCCAAUAUCAGCACCACGGCAAAAACAGAGGGAGACUACUACAUAGUAAAUGGAGCAAAGAAAUGGAUAACCAAUGGUCUCUGGGCGGAUUAUUGCACUGCUGCUGUACGUACUGGAGGUCCGGGACGAAAGGGCGUCAGCGUCCUGGUCAUACCUCUCAAGCAGAAAGGCGUGACUCGCAAAAGAAUGCACAAUUCUGGUGUGAAUGCUAGUGGCUCCACCUUCCUGGAAUUUGAUGAUGUUCGUGUUCCAGCUGAUCAUCUUAUCGGAAGAGUAAACGAGGGUUUCCAGAUCGUCAUGUCAAACUUCAACUCAGAACGCCUGUCACUGGCCUGUGCAGCUCUCCGGUUAGCUCGGGUCUGUGUUGAGGAUGCCUUUAACUAUGCAGUCCAGCGGGAGACGUUUGGUGCACCCCUCAUUACUCGACAAGCAAUUCAAUUCAAGAUAACCAAAUGCGGUAUGCUUAUUGAGCCUGCACAGUCCUUUCUAGAACAGCUGGUCUAUAUUAUUGAGACAACCAAGGAUCGCCCAAACGCGGGCAAUAUCGGCGGUAUGACCGCAUUACUCAAAGUCAUGUCUACGAGAGCACUCGAGAAAUGCGUUCGCGAAGCCCAGCAGAUUUUUGGUGGUGCAGGAUAUAACAAAGGGGGUAAAGGGGUUCGCGUGGAGCAGAUCAGUCGCGAUGUCCGUGUACAUGUUGUUGGGGGAGGCAGCGAAGAAAUUAUGAUGGGCUUAGCUUUGCAGGAGGAAAUUAAAGCUUUGAAGUCCCGACAAAAGGCGUCGCAGGAAAAGACCGCCAAGCUUUGAUCGAUAUGCUCGAUCUCCUGCCCACGAAGUGUGCAUGGGAGACAACAAGGAAACAUAUCAGU